AUGGCCAAGUCCGUCGCCGUCAAGAGCUCCAAGGUCGCCAACAAGGCCGAGAAGAAGUCUGCCAAGGUCGAGAAGAAGGUCGAGUCCUCCGACUCCUCCAACUCUGAUUCCGACUCCUCAGCCGACUCCUCCGACGACGAGGAGAAGACCGAGGAGAAGAAGGACGACUCCUCCGACUCUGACAGCUCUGACUCUGACAACGAGGAGGAGAAGAAGGAAGAGUCCUCCGAGUCUGCUGCUUCCUCCGACUCUGAGGCCUCCAACAACAAGCGCAAGACCGAGUCUGCUGCCGAGGUCCCCGCUAAGAAGUCCAAGACCGAGGAUGAGGCUGCCCCCGCUGCCUCUGCUACCGUCUUUGUCGGUGGUCUCUCCUGGAACGUCGAUAACGACUGGCUCCGCACCGAGUUCACCGAGUGCGGUGAGAUCCUUGAUGUCCGUGUCAUCACCGACCGUGACUCCCAGCGCUCCAAGGGUUUCGCUUACGUCGAGUUCGCCAACGCUGAGGGUGCCAACGCUGCUUUGGCCCUUGCCGGCAAGGAGAUUGACGGUCGCUCCAUCCGCGUCGACCUCUCCGAGGCCCGCCCCAAGAAGGAGGCUGGUGCCAAGACCUUCAACAACGCCCCCCAGGGUGAGGCUUCCGACACCCUCUUCGUCGGAAACUUGUCUUUUAACGCCACUGAGGAUGACCUCCGCGGUGCCUUUACCGAGUGCGGUGAGAUCAUCUCUGUCCGUCUCCCCACCGAUCGCGAGACCGGUCAGGCCAAGGGUUUCGGUUACAUCCAGUUCUCUUCGGUCGAACAGGCCAAGGCUGCUAUUGCCUGGAACGGUACCGAGCUCGCUGGUCGCCCUUGCCGUUUGGACUAUGCUGGAAAGAAGCCCGAGCGCUCCGAAGGCGGUGGAUUCGGUGGUCGUGGUGGUGGACGCGGCGGCCGUGGUGGCCGUGGCGGUUUCGGCGGUGACCGCGGUGGUCGUGGCGGUGGACGUGGUGGUUUCGGCGGUGACCGUGGCGGCCGUGGCGGUCGCGGUGGUGCCCGUGGCGGUCGUGGUGGCUUUGGUGCUUUCCAGGGCUCCAAGGUUUCCUUCUAA